AUGGAGAUGGAAUGUUAUGAAAAUUUUCAGGGUCAAAAAAUAUAUGAAACCUCUCAGAGUAAUUCUGGGCUACCUGCCGAUCCUAAACAAGACGACAAUAAAGGCACGAAUAAGAAAACUUUGAUUGUUUUUGCACUAUUUUUGGGAAUCUCCUUCUCAGUGUCUGUUGCUGCAUUUAUCCUGAUUAUGCAACUUCAAAACGAGAAUAAAUAUACGAAGGAAAAAUUAGAGAAAAUGGGUGGAACUGAUUCAUCUCUCGCCAUCAUUAUCAACGACACUCAAAAACAUUUGGAAACUUCAAUUAAAAAAGAAGUAAGUGAACUGAACUCCAAAAUAUACAACGAAGCUAAUAAAUUGAAUAAAAGCCUAUCUGAUACAAAUUCGAGAAUUACCAAAAUGUUUUCGAUAUCCGGAUGGUUCACAGCAAGCAAUAAUCUCACUUACAAACGUUUCACUGAUUCUGUCAACUACGCUACUGCAAAGGCUCAAUGUGAAGGAAUGGGAGCUCGUUUGGUAUCGACUGGGAUGAGAGACAACCAAGUAAAAAAUGAAAUAUUUCCGAAUCAUUACUUAACCGGAGAUCGUGCAUGGAUAGGAUUGGACGACAUCAGCAAUGAAGGAAUUUGGGUUUGGUCGGAUGGAGUAAAUGAAACACCAAGUACAAUAUGGGCAUCGGGGGAACCAAACGGCGGUAGAUCUGACAACUGCGCAGAAAUUCGAUUCUAUUAUUCAAAGAUUGUUGCCAAUGAUGCUUCUUGUUCAAAUGCUCAUCGUUUUGUUUGCGAAAGGGAAUUUGAAUAA